UUCAAAAUCCAUAAAAUGCUUGAAUAAAACCACAGAACCCAUCUCUCUAGCUCACUCUAUGUUUAGUGCACAAAAACAAAACUCAAACUCUCUCUCUCUCUCUCUCUCUCUCUCUCUCUCACACACAUAAACAGAGAGACGCAGACCCUAUUGAAAAAACGCCUUCUCACUUCACUACCUGCCUGUCGUUUUUGUUACAUCGAAAAAGAAACGGAAGUCACUUCUCUCUAUAAAAUCUCUUUCUUUCUAAUUGGGUUUGCUGAGCUGAGGCAUGGUUGCCGGCCAAAUCUAGAGUAGCCCAUUUCAUGGUUGUCUACCAUUUGAAGGAAAUCUUCUUCUUUUGGACAGAGCCCUUCCCGUUUUAGCUGGUGCUUUGUUUAAGGAGGUUUGGUCGGUGAAAGAUCAAUUCUUUGGCUCAUUUAUUUCUUAACUGGUGUCAAUAUUGAGUCCCUGAACAAAUCCAAGCAAACCCAUUUGGUCAGUGACAGUGGAAGAGGCUUCAAAUUAAAGGCUCUGACUUGUAUUGGUUUUUAGACCACAGGUUUCAUAUUUCAUAUAUUGUCAGGUUUUUCUGUUUACUCUUCUUGAUCAUGGAGGGAGAAACAUCAUGGUUUAGCCAUUCCUUUGAUGACAUGGCCAGAGAGAUUGGGGAGUUUGAUUCUUUCUCAGAGCUCAGUGACGAAGGGAAUAAAGAAGCUACUGCAGUUUCGGUGGAUUUGAUUCUUCCUGAUGACCUGUUGGAACGGAUAUUAGCCUGUCUACCAGUUGCAAGCAUUUUCAGGGCACGUUGUGUGUGCAAAAGGUGGUAUGAGAUUGUUAGUUCAAAAAGGUUUCUAUGGAACUUUUCACGUGUGCUAUCACAAAAACCUUGGUAUUUUAUGUUUACCAGCUCUAAUGAACCAACUGGUUAUGCAUAUGAUCCUAUCCUUAGAAAGUGGUAUGGCAUUGAACUCCCCUGCAUUGAGACAUCUAAUUGGUUUAUUGCUUCAUCAUGUGGUUUGGUUUGCUUUAUGGACAAUGAUAGUAGAACUGAGUUAUAUGUCUGCAACCCUAUUACCAAAACACACAAGAAGCUUCGGGACCCCCCUGGCUUGAGAUUUUCUGAUUACAGUGCACUUGCAGUUUCUGUUAACAGGAAGUCACAUGGUUAUACUAUCUCAAUUGUGAAAUCUAAGCAAGUUACUGGGAAUUUUUUUCAAUGGGAUGUCUCCGUUCAUAUUUAUGAUUCAGAAACAAUGAGGUGGGUGACCACUUUGACAGAGGUUCUGACAGGAUGGAGAGGUGGGGAUGAGAGUGUAAUCUGUGAUGGGGUUUUGUACUUCUUAAUUUACUCAACUGGGGGUGGGGCACCGAAAAAUCGUCACGGUCUAAUCACAUAUAACCUCUCUUCUUGUCCUCCUCCUGGGUUGUUGAUAAGGAGCUUUAUUCCUGUACCUUGCCCUCUUACAUGUGGCCGUCUGAUGAACUUGAAGGAGAAGCUGGUUAUGGUGGGAGGGAUUGGUAAACAGGAUCGGCCUGACAUAAUUAAGGGGAUUGGUAUCUGGGUUCUAAAUGGGAAGGCGUGGCAAGAGAUUGCGAGAAUGCCGCAUAAGUUUUUCCAAGGAUUUGGGGAAUUUGAUGAUGUUUUUGCCAGCAGUGGCACAGAUGAUCUUAUAUACAUCCAGAGCUAUGGAGCUCCAGCUCUUCUUGUCUUUGACAUGAGCCAGAGACAUUGGAGAUGGUCACAGAAGUGCCCGGUAACAAAGAGGUUUCCACUUCAGCUCUUUACUGGUUUUUGUUUUGAACCGAGGCUUGAAAUUUCUCCCUGAUAUGUUUCCUUGUGGAUUGAUAUGAUGUGGUGGUGCAAAUUGUUUUGCUUGAAAUCCCUGUGUUUCACCUUUGUUUUGUUUUCCCACUAGUUUGAGUUACAACAUCUGUGUUCUAAAAGUCGUAUAAUGUACCUGCAGAUAAGCUGCUCGUUAUUCAUGGUCAUGGGUAUAUUAUUCUUUGCAUUGGAAAUGCCACUCUGGUAAAUACAAUCAUGAGUUCCUGACA